UCUUUCGGGAAUUUCCGUUGUUUAGUCAUUGCAACAUGGCCUCGCUUAAUUUUUGUGUUUUUCUUUCGCUGCUUUCUUCAAGUUUUCUAUUUUCUUUCAUUAUUUGUGAUGAUGGAGGGAUUCUGCAAAUCCAUUACCCGAAUAUUUCCUUAGAGGCGGAUAAUGAUGGAAAUGUCACUCUUCAGUCUGGUGCUGACGCCAGUGUUUACAUAGUACCAGGAACCAACGGCGGCAGCGUAUACUUCGAGGGGGAGGAUAUUCUACACCUCAUAAAGGUGAUAAAUGGGCUGCCGCCAGUAUGGAAGGAGCACUCGGCUACUGGAUUCUUCUACACAGCAUUUGGAGGGGAGACAGUCAACGUUAAACUCGAGGCUCUGGACCCUGAGAAUGGUAAAAUGGAAUAUCGGGUGGUCGCAGGCACAAUGCCGCCGGGGCUUCAGAUCGAUUCCGCCGGAAGUAGAAUAACAGGUCACGUGCCCGACGUAAACGCCAUCUACAGUUUCACAGUCAGGGCAACAAACUCAAAUGACAAAUAUGCAGAUGCGGUGUUCAGAAUGGAAAUUAUGGAGCGAAACCAAUGUAUUCCGUCCAGUCCUUGUCAACAUGGUGGCUAUUGUAUUGACAAGAUGGGAGAAGUUCCCUACGUGUGUAACUGUACAGAGCAAUACAGUGGAGUCAACUGCGAAAUAUCGUGUACGUCAAACAGUUUGGGUAUCAAAAAUACAUCAAUCAUACCAGAGGCCAUGAUGUCAGCUUAUCUAACGAGGGAAAACUAUACAGCUUCAAGCGGCCGUCUUGAUAACUCUGACGGCGGCGGCAAAGGCUGGUGUGGCGCCAAUGGGAACUCGUGGCUGCAGGUAGACUUCGGGAGACUAGCACGUGUAUUUGCUGCAAUCACUCAGAGCUACAGUAGCACGUAUUACACAGGUAGCUACCGUAUAUCUUACAGUACAGACGGAACAACGUUUAAUAACGUGCUUGACAACGUAAAUGGAACUGCUUUGUUAUUAAACGGUACCUCAAGUUCUGCGCAUGCCACGAAUGCGCUUCCAGAUCCUGUGACAGCACGGUUUGUCCGGUUUCAUCCCGUGAGUUACAGUUCCAGUCACUACCCAUGUUUGAGGGUGGACCUGAACGGAUGUUACGUGGACAAUUAUUAUUAAUUAUCCAAUUACUCGAUAUAAUAGUUGAAAAUAACGUGCAUAAUCUUAACGCGGUCUGUGAAGUGAAAAAUAAUAUUGUUUUGGAAAUAAAGAUUGAAAUAAAAUACAUCUAUAAAAUAAAUUCGGUGUUGUAAAGAUUGGGAAAAAAAUAAAGAUUCAAUGUC